AUGAUGACUGGUCUAACGAAACAAAUCGAAUCUGGUUCACUUUUUAGUUUGCUCUUGACAUAUAAGUUAUUCUUUAAAAAAAGAUACCAAGAAAUAAAGGUAAAGCCAGCUGUAUUAUCCUGUGAGUGUUCCAAUGAUAUGUCAUGCCAUCUUAUCACUAUUGCUAUUGCUAUUGCUAUUGCUAUUAAUAUUACUUGCUUAUUUAUUUUAUUCAAGUGUAAACGCAAAACGCAAAACGCAAAUGGAGAAUGCGGGUGUUCCGGUGCUUUGAUUGACAGUGAUUUUGAUCUUGAUGUUGACUUUGGAGUAAUUGAAAUCAAUGAAAAAUUAUUAAGUUGA